AUGUAUGUCUACAGCGAUAUCGUUGAUGUUCAGUUUGUAGGCGAUGUCAAAGUUCCGCUGUUAAGGAUCGUCAACAUAGAAGGGGAAUAUGGUAAAAAUAUUCACGCGAGUUUUCGCAAUUUGCAAUACGUCCCAGUGAAAGUCAAUUCCUUUGAGAGUAUCGAAAUCCAUAUAAAGAACGACAGAGACGAAAGUGUCUCAUUUGCCUCUGGAAAGUCAGUCGCAACACUUCACUUUAGACAGAAGAGAUCUCAGUACUUUGUUUAAUAUGAAAAGCUUACUUAUACCAGACGUAAAACUGCUUACAGAGCAUUACACAAGAAACCAACGGGGCGGCAGCCUACCUGGAUUUCGCGGGGCAAGAACGCAAAGAGGAUAUGGUAUUGGAGGUAUCUUUAGAAGCCUUGCAAGAUUUGCUAUACCUCUUUUCAAACAAGGCGCUAGAACAGUUGGUAAGAGAGCAUUGCAAGCAGCAACGGAAGUGGGCCAGCACGUACUCGAAGGGAGAAAUGUUUCAGAAUCAGUGAAAGCUCGUGGAAAUCAGGCAUUCACGGAUGUUGCUAAUAAAGCAGUUAAAACGUUGACUGGUCGUGGGCGUAAGAGACCUAUAAAAAGAUCUGCCCCAGCAAAACCAACCAUUUCUUCUCAAGCUAAGAAGCGGAAAACAUCUCACAAGGUUGACAAAUAUAAUCCUAACUUGCCUCACGAAAUACGAAAGAUUCCUAGAGGGUAUAUACUCAACACAGAUUCUUCCGAUAAACCCGGAUCACACUGGGUGGCUGUGUAUCUUACAGAAGAUGGGAAAGGGGAAUUUGGGGAUUCCUAUGGUAAAGCGCCUGGAUUUUACACCGAAAACUUUUCUAAGUUUCUCAACAAGCACUGUAGUACAUUUGCGUGGAACAGAAGAAUUUUGCAAGCCCCUUUAUUGGACGUAUGUGGGCAAUAUACAUUGUUCUUUGCUUUACAUCGGUGUAGACGUAUUCCAAUGGCAACCAUUGCAAAUAUGUUUACGGAUAGCAGAGAAUGGAAUGAUGAACUUGUGCGUGACUUUAUAGACAAGUGGUACAAAUAGAAAACACUAGUUCUAGUUUAAAAUACAUUUUAUUGUAAAAUUCUCUCUUACAGGAAAUAAAUUAUUUUAACCAUUUAUAUGGGCUACUAAUAUUGUCUCUGCGUUUUUUCCUCUUUCCUUGCUGCACUCGAGGAGUGGUGGGUAGAUUUUCCGGGAUACGUUUUAUAUUCGCGAACAAUUCCAAGACGGUUUUCGUUUCUCACGAUUCCUUAGGGUACAUUCAAAUGACCAAGAACUUUUGAAAACAAUUCCCAACCGUCGGGAUUAAAAUUCUUCCUUUGACGUAGAGAAUCAUUCACCAAAUCAACUAUAUUUGUGCUAGGAACCGAUCUUCCUUUGAACACCAUCUGGCCUUGUUCAUUCCAACCGAUAAGAUCCUUAUUUGACUUGAGUUUUUUGAUGAGUUGUCGAGCUCUUGACUUCAUAGUGGAUGGUACACUAUCCAUGAUAUCUGUUUCAAUCUCGUCUGAGGGUUCCACCUCUUCACUGGGCUGUUCUCCUUGAGGUUCUUCAGCUUGAUCGCUGUGCGUCACGUUUACUCGGAGAGGUUUAUUCAUUCGUUUAUCAUAAAAGGUUAAAUAGCGUUGCAGAUUCUGGUCGUAUAACUUUGCCUUUUCAUCGAUUGGUAUAUCUUGUCGUCGAAUAAUAUCCUGCAUUUCCGAGUCUAUUUCGUUGACCUGUGUCGCCAAAGGUGCCGCGAGAGGUUUCUUUCGCUGUUCAACCAUAUGUUCAGGCACAAGUACUAAUCGCUUGACGUGUUCCAUUAUAAAAAGUUUGCCAAUUUCUCCAAUACUGAAGUCAGUAGGAACGGCAGAAAACCUUCCCCCUUUUGGACAAGACGUCUGCGUCUGUGCUCGAUAGAAUUCCGUGGGUCAGCUGCAAACUUUAUAUGUUUGGAAUGUGGAGCAAGUUUUUUAGCUGUUUUUGGCUUGAGUUUAAUUGUGUCAAACCAAACGUUUAAUAGACACUGUCUUAUCGCUUCGUAUAAAUCGUCCUCAGCCGCUUUUAAGAUCGCUUUUCUCAGCUCAGGCUUACACUUGGCUAAUACUUUGAGAAGUUCAGAGUUCCUCUUCAUGCAAGCAGACAUUGUCAAAUGAAUAAUUUGUACGAGUAACGAGUUUCUUAUACUCUUGGCUGAUAAACGUAAUGCGUAUCUGAUGGAAAGAUCCCGGAUCGAACUCUUAUCUCGUCAGGACAUGUUGGUGUCAGGUCGACAAAUAAAUACGAAUACGGUUCUUUAGUUGCCAUUUGGUAAGCUUGUUGAAAGAAUUUUGUGUUGUUAGGAUAUAACUGUUUGCCAAGAUGAACAAUUUGACUCGCGUCGCGGACAUUUUUUGUUAGGCAUAAGUAACUUGCAUUUAAGGAAAUUGUACGAUGCUCUUUGCUUUGAUGAAACAAAUUUUGUACAAUGUACACUACACUGAGAUUGCCAUGAUGUGAUUUUUUCGUAAAUAACUUUGAAAUAACUCCGUCCUUUUCGCCCAUCAUAUCGUCAAUGAUAAACAAAUUGUAUGUUUCUGGAUUUAUACUGUCCAAUAUAUCAUCAGGCAAGCCUUGUAUGAAUUUUAUACCAGGCACUAAAUUUUGUAUUUCUCCAAACGUGUCUUGAUAUUCGGAAUAGAAGUAAACAAUGUUUUCUGGAGGCUUAUCAAUCAUAACAUUAGCAUAACUUAAAAAUUUUUUGACAAACGUAGUUUUGCCUGAUUUUGUACCGCCAGAAACGAUCAGCCCAAACGGGUGUGUUAAUUGUAUAGAAUACAUGUUGGAAAUGAAAACAAAAUAAUUUUCCGAGCUAUUUAUACCAAAUUGUCGGCUUUUUAGUGCUGGCAAUCAAUUUAUGCAAAUUGUUCAGAACUGUCUCUAAAUCCAUUGGCGUAGCUCUAGCACGAAUGAGGUAUGGUUGUCUUUGUUCGGGGGAGAGUUCAUGCACGUCUGCCAAAUGAUUCGCUAAUCUUUGUAAAGCCUGUUUACCGCAAAGCGGACAGUCCUUUCGCUUUCGAGGCAUACUAGCAAAUGAUUAUAUUCCUUUUUUGGCUUUGUUUCAUAUUUGUUUCGGUGCGCAAAAACGGCCCGCAGGGCCUUUUUUGUGGCCUUGUGGCCCGAAACUCUGAUGUCCAACCCCAUCCUCUCAAGCAAAUUAUUUCAGACCAGGCUAUAUUUUGAUUCAGCUCAUGUACGCCGAGUGAAUUUAUUAAAAAAUCAUUGUCAUAAACAAGUUACAUGUUUUGCUGAUCAAUAGUACCCACCAAGUUAGCAGGUAAGCCAAUCAUUUAUAAUCUUAAUGUUUGGUACAUAGAUUCAUCAAAAUAUAAACACAUGCCAUAUCAACCGACUACACACUUUUAUUUAUAUCAUUUUGAUGUUUGAAAUUAUUAAUAAUAGUUUACUUAUAUUUAUUUCACACGCACAAUGUUCACUAUUUACAGAGAAUUAUACAAAGAGAGAGAUUACGAAUCAGAAUCGCUUACUUUGAAGUUUUCACCGCGCUUACGAAAAAUUGCAGCAACUAUUAUUUCAUUCUGCUAUAAUUACCUCACUUAAUUAACUUAAUUAAAAUGCAGUAAACAAUCGAACACAGUGAUUAAGGUUGAACCGUCACAUAAUGACCAACACAACUUCAAAAUUAGCGAUUCUAAUGACAGUAUUUUUUCUUUAUAUAAGGAGGACACAAUUUCAAUUUUAUCACAUACAGUCAAAAUGGAGAGAGUCAGUAGACAACAACAGUGCAUUCGAAACUACCGAAAAUAUCGGAAGCGAAAAAAGGAACAGUUCGAGUAUUUUAAGAAAAUGGAGAAGUACUUGAAAGAAAAUCAUCCAGAAUCCUACCACAAGUUUGUAGAGGAGAGCAGCCAAGAAAAAGCUGAUGAGUUAAUUGAAAGUCUUGGUUUGUGA